AUGAAACCUCCGUUUGGUCGUGAACCUCUGGCUAACAAAUAUGUCUCGAAUCUCGCGUCAAGAGUUCCUGCGCUACUGACUUACCAGAGCUGUGAUCUUCCUCCUUCAAGUUGGGUCUCUGUGUCAUGGUAUCCAAUAUACAGAAUACCGGUUGGUGCAACGCUACAAAAUCUGGAUGCUUGCUUUUUAGCCUUCCAUUCUCUUUCAACACCAACUCCUCAAAGUGGUAGGGGUUGUAGUAAUUCAGAUCCAUCCACAAACCUACCAUUGCCUACUUUUAGACUUGCAUCUUAUAAGCUCAAAGUAUUUGUGUGGAACCCAAACAGAGAGCAAGAGUGUCGGAAGAUCACUUCUUUGCUACAAGCUGCAGACAAAUGGCUUAAGUGUCUGCAAGUCGCUCAUCCGGACUACAUAUUCUUCACCUGCAUCAGCUCACAAAUGAGGUCAACAUGA